GGCGUUUUUUUUUCCCCUCUUCUGGUUGUCUCUAAACACAACAAAGACUUCAGCUGGAAGAGAUUUAGCCUCAUUCCUCCAGAAAUGUGUCUUGAAUCUGAACUUUGCGUCUGAAGAGGCGUCAAAGUGUUGAAUCUGAUGUGCGGAGACUUCGGUCAGAAACAAGCAGCGACGUCCUUCUUCCAUUCAGUCUGCUGUCAGUCCAAACCGUCCAACAUGAGACUCACUUUUUUAACCGUUUUUAUCGUUUUAACGGAGGCAGCCAUCACUCCGCCUUCAGACCUGGCAGGACAAGACUUCACCUCCCUCAGGUCGAUGCUGGAUGAUUUCGAUGUGCUUCCUCUCGCCAGCCUGCAGACUCACUCCGUCCGCCGCCGCGACGUCCAAACUCAAACUCAGGUGGAGAAACUGCUCACCUUCAACGCUCUGCAGAGGCACUUCAGACUGUACCUGAGGACCAACGACGAGCUCUUCACUGAGGACUUCAGAGCCAUGAUCGUGGACGAGGACGGCCAAGAGCGAAGCUACCCGGUCAACAGACACAACUACUUCACCGGACACGUCAUCGGGGAGGAAAACUCUCGUGUUCAGGCUCAUAUAGAUGACCACGAGUUCUCAGCGCACAUCCUGACUGAUGAGGCGGAGUACAACAUUGAGCCUCUGUGGAGGUUCACGUCGGCGCCCCCUGAUGGUCGUCUCCUGAUCUACCGCUCAGAGGACAUCAGGAACAUCAGCCGACUGCAGCAGCCUUCAGUCUGCGGCUAUGUGACCUCCGACCCCAACCACCUCCUCCCUGACAGCGUCAGAGCAGCCAUGUUGGCCGACCAGGAGGAAGAAGAGUCUGUGCUCAGAGAGAAACGUCAGGUCCACGACCACAAGAAGAACACCUGUCCUCUGCUGCUGGUGGCAGACCAUCGCUUCUUCAAACACAUGGGCCGAGAAGAGGAGAGCACCACCCUCAACUACCUGAUCGAACUGAUUGAUCGUGUGGACGACAUCUACAGAAACACGUCGUGGGACGAUGAGUUCAGUGGUUAUGGCGUUCAGAUCCAGCAGAUCAUCAUAGAGAAGAGUCCGACUACUGUAGCUCCAGGAAAAAGUCACUUUAACAUGAGAGGAAGUCCAGUGAAGGGAAGAGACGUCUGGGAUGUCAAGAAGCUGCUGGAGCAGUUCAGUGUGGACAUCGCAGAGAAAGCCUCCAACGUCUGCCUGGCUCACCUCUUCACCUAUCAGGACUUUGAUGAAGGCACUCUGGGUCUGGCCUACGUUGCCCCGUCCAAACCCGACAUCCCCGGAGGCCUCUGCUCCAAAGCUUGCCCUUCAUCUACAAACGAACAAGGAUCGAUCUACCUCAACACGGGCCUCACCAGUACCAAGAACUACGGGAAGACCAUCCUGACUAAGGAAGCAGACCUGGUGACGACUCAUGAGCUCGGCCAUAACUUCGGAGCGGAGCAUGAUCCAGACAACAUCCCGUACUGCGCCCCACGAGAGGACCAUGGGGGGAAAUACGUCAUGUACCCCAUCGCCGUGAGCGGCGACCACGUCAACAACAAGCUGUUCUCCAACUGUAGUAAGCGCUCCAUAGUGAAGCGUCUGAGGUCGAAGGCACCGUCUUGCUUCAAAGAGAGAAACAUCAAUGUUUGUGGGAACUCUCGAGUGGAGCAGGGGGAGGAGUGCGAUCCGGGACUACUGCACAUCAACUUAGACGAAUGCUGCACCGCAGAUUGCAGGCUGAAAGCCGGAUCUCAGUGCAGUGACAGGAACAGUGCGUGCUGUAAAAACUGCAAGUUCGAAUCUGAAGGUGAAGUGUGUCAGGAGCCCAUAGACGCCACCUGUAAAGGACACUCCUACUGCACAGGAAACAGCAGCGAGUGUCCACCUCCGGAAAACGCUCCAGAUAAAACGGUGUGUUUGGACAGCGGAGAGUGUUUGAACGGAGAGUGUAUUCCUUUCUGUCAGGCCAUCUUAAAGCUGCAGCCCUGCGCCUGCAACGAAACCAACUCAUCGUGUAAAGUCUGCUGUCGGAGCAGCAGCGGGGUCUGCGCCCCCUACCAGGACAAAACAGGCAACUUCCUGUACCUGCGGAAAGGAAAACCCUGCACCGUGGGCUUCUGUGACGGAGCGGGGAAGUGCAUGAAGCAGGUGCAGGAUGUGGUGGAACGUCUGUGGGACUUCAUCGAUAAACUGGACAUCAACACGUUUGGCAAGUUUCUGGCUGAUAACAUCGUGGGCUCAGUGGUGGCCUUCUCUCUGCUCUUCUGGGUUCCUUUCAGCAUCCUGGUGCACUGUGUGGACAAGAAGCUGGACAAACAAUAUGAACAGACCACCAAGUCUCUCUUCUUCCCCAGUAAUGCCGAGCUCCUGAGCAGCCUGGAGUCGGCGUCUGUUCGGAUCUUCAAACCUCCAACCUUCCCCACCGCCCCCCUGCGCUUCCAGCCCAGCGGCCCCCAGCAGACCAGCACCCCUCCGGUCCCCAGCCCCGAUUCCGUCCCCGUCCCCAUCCCCGGCCACACCCCCCCACCUCUGGACAGCCCCCGCAUGGCCACCAUCCACGAGGACGCCAGCUUCGACUCCCACCUGGACCAGGAGGCCCUGGAGGAGGCGUUCGGGCGGCCGGUGGGGGCGGCUCGGCGCUCCUUCGAAGACCUGACGGAGAAAAGCGUGGCGAGUCGCAGCAAGAAGGCGAAGCAGUUCAGGCUGCAGAGACAACAUCAGAUCGACAGCAAAGAGACGCAGUGCUGAGAGACGCUGUUCCGAACGCCGCUGCACCCGUUUCCUUUACUUCUGGUCCCACUCUAACAGCUGCUGCCAAAGCUGUUUCUGUUAUAACCAAGAUCUUCAUGAGUUAAAAUCAGGUUUAGUUCAGGUCAGUAAAAACGUGCUGGGGUCAGAACACACCCCUCCUCAACAUGAAACCACUUCAGGAUCCGUCCUCUUAACGUCUUGAGACAAUUCAGAUGAAACCAUUUGGUCUCGAGUCAGUUGCACCUCGGUACCGACACGUGUCUGUAGCAGCGACAAUCAGUAGACUUUCGUCCAAAUAAGGUCAGACUUCGGCUUCUCUCAGAUUUAGAAAUGAUCUACAAAUGUUAGUGUUAACUCCUGAACAUCCAACACUCAAUUUAGUUUCUGAACUUUCAAAGUCAUCGCUAUUGUCAGCUUCUAGAAAGCUGCAGAAACACCACUCAGGCUGCGUUCCAAAUCACAUACUUUGUGUUUCUCUGCUCAGUACGUGCUAAAGCUGCCCGUACAAAGUAUUUCCUGCUGCAUACAGCGUGCACACAUAUCACAACAUGUUGCUUUGACAUAAUAUUGCGCCUUGAUCGUACAUCUGUUGCAGUCUAAAGAGCAAAAUGAGUUGGCGGCUGAAGCUAGUUUACAUUCACACAAGUCACUGUGACGUAAGUGAUGUAACUGUGCAGACGGUCAGAAUGGACUGAAAAGUACUGGAAAAUCUGGACAUCCUGGUGUUUUAGGCAAACCUAAUUAGACGUAAUGUGUAUUGGAACAGACUAAACCUUAUUCAGGCAUCCUAUACAGUUAGAUAUUGUGGAUAUUGGCCCUUCAUGUGUGAAAGUGUUUACAGUUUGUGAGUUUUCUCAGCAGCAUGAAGAGCAGAUUUCCCAGAAGCCAAUUCUCAGGCUCUUCUUUCACCACUUCAUGCAGCAGAUCUGAGCUGCAGCUCAAAUGUCAUCCAACUUUAAGACAGAACUCUGUCGUCUGUGUUCUAUUUGAAGCUUCAGAUGUUUUCUUUCCAGUCAUUCACAAAUGUUAAAAGGUGCAGCAGCAAUUUAUUAACAGAACAUCUGACGCUUCACCUUCUCCAGAGUUUUGCUUUUUAUUUGGGAUUCAGCAAUUGUGAAGCAUGAGCAGUAAAAUCUUUUUCACCCUCGACACUCUUAAGAGUCAAAGUGUUGCAAACGUCAGGUGUCUCAGUGGGACUCAAACCCCAACAGUGUUAGUGCCUUGCUCAACCUGCUGAGGCGCAUACUUUCUAUAUGUAUUGCACAAAACAUUCUAUAUCCCUGUGAAUCCCGUUGCUCUGCUUUCUGUUUAAUGUCUUUUGCAGGAGAAUAUUUCUACCAAUUUCAGUACCAUUAGCUCUGCAAUGAUAAAGGAAUUCAUUAUUUAACCAGCAACUAUUUUAAAUAUGUACAGUUUUUAAGCAAAAAUGUCCUAAAGUUAAGUUUUUUGACGAUUUGAAAAGUGAGAAUUUGGGGUUUUUUGGUCCUAAACUGAGUAUUUUGGGACUCCUAAUGUUUUAUAGUAGAUUUUUUUUUAAUGUUUUCUAAACCAUUUACAGCCAUAUUUUAUAAAUAAUUUAUAAAACAAAAAGUUUUACACUUUGUGUAACAUCAUCCAAAGGCAUGAGUCUGAAAGAUUUUGCCAAAAAGGUGAUACAGCACCAUAAUGUUGACUUACUUUGUAUACGUGAAUAGUUUUUAUCUGCAGAAAAAUGAGACUCUAAAUGAGAAAAUACAUUUAUUUCCAACUAUAAAGUCUGACUGGACACAAAGCUUUAAAAAGUUUCAGUCUAAAAACUGACAUAUUUACCGCUGUGUAUCUAUGAUUAGUUAUGAUAAAAAUCCGUUUGUGUUGUAUCAAAUGUCAUUUUUUAUGUUUUCUUGCUUGAACCAAGAGACAGGCUGCUGUUAAAGUCUUUAUUUUUAAAUAUGACAAUCAGUCAAUGUGCCUUCUCUUCUUCUGUGGUAUUCAAAUGCACUGCAGUCAGUAUUUUAACAUUGUGUGUUCUAUGCAGGUGAUGCUUUUGUGUUUAACGUUUUUACCUUCAGGCUCACUGUGAUGUCUGUUUUAUGGAUGAGAAAUAAAGUUAUCGUUGAAUAAA